AUGUCAAGUCAAUUACUUAUCCAACUUCAAAUGCACACGAAUACGGCCAGGUUCAUUCCCGACAUCAACAACGCACUUCAGAUUCAAAUUGAUCCAAGCGUACACCAAGAAGCAACACAGGAUCCGCGUAGCCAUACCAUUCGCUUUUUACAACUGACUUAG